AUUACACGUGCGUCCUUUAUCAACGGUUGUGGACAGAGGACUUGUUGGCCCGCGGGUGCCGGGUAAGUAAAGUACAUGCACGGAAUUUCUAUAGUAAAUCAUAAUUGUUUCAAAAGUAUUUUCUAUGAAUGGAUUAUGAUUUAUGAUAUACAUAAAUCCACACUGUCACAACUGCUGAUGAAAUGAAUUCAUCGUUAGUCGACGAUGAUUUGGAUCUGAACGUUUUUGACCCAUAUACACAAGCCGCGUUGAUCAAAGGAGGUUUUCUAUUAUCCACAAAUAUUUUAAAGUAUACUGAGGCAGAAUUUAGAAAAAAAGUUAAUUUGACCGUAGAAGCCACUCGUCGUGUGUAUAUUGCAGCAGCUAACAUAUGUGCAUCAAAUGUCAAAUGUCAUCAAGAGCUAAAUAAUCAAGUUCUUACUACAGGCUGUAUACAGAUUGAUAAACUUUUAGGGGGAGGAUUAUUUAAAUGUGGCAUCACAGAGAUAUCUGGGGAAAGUGGUUGUGGAAAAACACAAUUUUGUUUACAGAUUGCACUUACUGUUCAAUUACCAUUACCACUCAAAGGAGCAAAGUCUGGAGCUGCAUACAUUUGUACUGAAGACCGAUUUCCUUCUAGUCGAAUACAACAGAUGAUUUCUAAUAUUCGUUUUAAGUAUAAAUGUGAUAGUAAAAUUAAUAUGAAUGAAUUAUGUCAAAUAGAUUAUGGAGACAAUAUUCUAAUUAGUCACGUAGCCACUGUGGAAGAUUUAAAAAAAUGUAUCCAUGAAAUGCUUCCAAAAGCAUUGUUACAUAGACCUAUAAAACUCAUUAUUAUUGAUAGUAUAACAGCUGUGUUUCGUGGAGAAUAUACAUUAAGUGAGUUACCUCGUAGAUCUAGAGAUCUCAGAGAUAUAGCAUUUUUUCUACAUAAGCUAUCUGUUGAACAUGGGCUAUGGAUCAUAUGUGUUAAUCAAGUAACAUCAUCAAUGUCAGAUAACAGUGGAAAGAAAUUAGUUCCAUCUUUGGGACUUUCAUGGGCAAAUUUAGUGACUACUAGACUUAUGAUGUCUAGAACACAGUCUUCUAGAUAUAUAGAAGUAAUGUUCAGUCCACAUACGGCUUCAACAAGUGUUCCUUUUAAAAUUACUGAACAAGGAAUUGAAUCUAACUAAAAUGCAUUGUUUAUUCAACAACAGUAAUUAUAUUUUGAAUUAUUUUCUUAUGAUCAGUCAUGAAGUAUUUUUUUUUCAUGAUAUAUAUAUAUA